AAGACUGGAAGCUUUAAAGCAGGGGUGGGGAACCUGUGGCCCACUGCUUCAUUUCAUCCUGCCAGUGGCAAGUCUUGACGGCGCAGGCCAAAAGCCUUGAGCCUCGGUGUCCUCCUGGAAGCCUGGAGCCACAAGGACCAGCUCACCCCCCUGGGGUGGGAAGCUAGGGUCAGCUCCAGCUCCCAGAAGCGACAGGCAUGUCCCUGCAGCCCUUAGGAGCAGGGGCAAUCAGAGAAGCUCUGUGCACUGCCCAGCCCCCAGUGCAGGAUCUGCAGAUCCUGUUGGCCAGGAAUUGCAGCCAAUGGGAGCUGCAGGCAUGGGCAGCAUGCACUGUGCAGAGCCCCUUGGCUCAUCUGCCUAAGGUCUGGACACGGUGGCCACUUCCAGGAGCAGCCCGGAGCCAGGGCAGACAGGGAGCCUGCCUUUGCCCUGCUGCACUGCCAGCUGGGAGUCGCCUGAGGUGAUUCUGGAAACUAUGGACAUACUCUUUAGAAUAAGAGGAGGCCUAGAUCUUGCAUUUCAGCUGGAUACUACUGAUGAGACUUCAGCGAAAAAGGCAGUAAAAUACAUUUUCAGUGAUCUGUCAACCAAACUGUCUUCAAAUGUGCUGGUAUUAAGAAUUUGCCAUAGUUCAGUGUAUGUAUGGCCUAACAGCAGUAUGAACACAGUUCCAUCAGAACUGACUGAUAAUUCUGUUUGUAAGGAGAUAAUACGAUUUAUUCAAUUUGACCAAGAAGAUGAGACUAAAAGAAAAUGUGCGAAAAAGAAGGAUAAAAAGUUCCAAGAUACGCAGCAGAUAGUAAAUGUAGACCUUAUGUUGGAAAUGACAUCUCCUUUGGCAGCUGUAGCCCCAGUCAUUGAAAGGGAAAACAAGAGACACCACUAUGUUAACAUGACGUUACCAAUUGAUGUUGUUGUAUCUGUUUCUCCAGAAGAGCCGUGGAGGAAUGUACGAAAUCUCCUGGUGAAUGCAAUUCAUCAGCAACUAACUGAUAUGGAAAGAUGCAUUUUGAAAUAUAUGAAGGGAACAUCUAUUGUGGUACCUGAACAAUUUCACUUCAUGCUACCAGGAAAAAAGCACCUUGUAACAAUUUCGUAUCCUACAGGAAUUUUAGAUAAUCAGCUAGAGACUUACAGAAAGGAAUUACAUGAACUGUUCCAUCUGCCCUCUGAUAGACCCUAUUUAAGAAGAGCGAAUGCUUAUCACUUUCCAGAUGAACCGUAUAAAGAUGGAUAUCUCAGAAAUCCACACAUAUAUCUCAAUCCACCUGGCAUAGAGGCCGGUAUGGUGUAUUUGGUACAUGGUGUAUAUAGUUAUCAUCACUAUAUGCAGGAUCGGAUAGAUGAUAAUGGCUGGGGAUGUGCCUACCGGUCUCUGCAGACUAUCUGUUCAUGGUUCAAACAUCAGGGUUACACAGAGAAAUCUAUACCUACACACAAGGAGAUUCAACAGGCACUUGUUGAUGUUGAAGACAAACCAGCUGCAUUUGUUGGGUCGCGGCAGUGGAUUGGCUCUAUUGAGGUACAACUUGUAUUGAACCAGUUAUUAGGAAUAACUUCAAAAAUACUGUUUGUCAGCCAGGGUUCUGAGCUAGCUUCUCAGGGAAGAGAACUUGCUAAUCAUUUCAAGACUGAAGGAACUCCAGUUAUGAUUGGUGGAGGUGUUCUGGCUCACACAAUACUAGGAGUGGCAUGGAAUGAGGUUACAGGACACAUUAAAUUUCUGAUUCUAGACCCACAUUACACUGGUGCAGAAGAUCUGCAUGUUAUCUUGGAAAAGGGUUGGUGUGGAUGGAAGGGCCCAGACUUUUGGAGCAAGGAUGCUUAUUACAACCUCUGCCUACCUCAACGACCAAAAACUAUUUAAAUUCCAAUUGCAAAAUAUGUUAAUCCAGAAUUUAAAGACUUGAUAUAGACAGAGCUGUCUCAUUCUUUACACAGCAAUUUAAGUAUAAAAUGUCUUUUUAAAUAAAAAGAUCAAAAAUGGAAGAAGAGUAAAUCACAUUCAACUGCAUUCUUGUAUAGACAAGUUUAAUUAAAGGAGUUUAUCUUAAUUUUGGCAA